AUGUUGCCUGCUACAGUGACAAAACCGAAGUCGAACGUGAGCCGGAUGGCAUCGCCUGCGCCACAGAAUCAAGACACGGCCAAAACCGAUGAUCUCAAAACAUAUGCGCCACACAAACGGCCACGACCGAACGCCACAGAGUUUGGCGAAGCCUCUGACCAUCCUCACAAGAGACAAAGGCUCCCGUCGCUUACUCCUGAGGCGGACAUCGAUAACGGGGAAGGCCCAUCAUCCUUGAUCGCGCCAACUUCAGGCGCGCCCCCGACGCCGCCUGAAGAGGUGGACCAUCUGCCCCGUGAAGUUGCAGGCCUCUUGCGUCAAGCCAGUAUGAGUCUCUCGGCAAUCGGCGAAGAACACCGGAAAUUCAAGCUGCAUGACUACAUGGGUCAUAUAGCGGGUACCUACAUGAUUUUAUGUCCUUUGCUUGCAGAGAGGCAUCCAGAUCUCAUUGGGCAGCUCAGCAUCACAAUCAAAUAUUUGGGUGCUUCCUCGCUUGCAUCUGGCAUACUCGAAGCCUACUUCAACCUUGGCACGUUUACUGGCCCGGCAAUCCUUGGGCUCGACGAUGGUCGCAUCGCUGAGUGGCUUUGGGCUACGGCGACAGAAAGACGGGGCAGACGCGCUCCCUCUUCUUAUAAUAAUGCCGAAGUCAAAAGGCUAUGCGAGGACGCACUGGAGUUGGCUAUGGAACGAACACCAGAACGAAAACGGGCUAAUGUGGAGACUCGACAUCUUAGAGAUCUUCCUGCUCUUGAGAUCGAUACUACCGUGUUACCUCAGCUUCACUUCGACGCUCGGCUUGAUAAUCCGACUGGCGAAUUCUAUGACCCAGGGACGUAUCGCAUUGCUCAAGGAGAUAUCAGAUUUGAAGAGCGUGGCUUGCGUUUCAGCGGAGUGAUCAGGAUACCGGAAAUUGCUGAAGGUGACAUGGAGUUUGAUGGCUUCCGGGUCUUCCGCAGAAAUGAAGGUGACCUCCCGCAGAAGUGGAAGGAUGUUCCUACAAGUAAGGUACAUCACUGA